ACCAAGGAGUGUCCUAUCUGUCUUUGGACCUAUCCAAGACAUAUCGUAGAUCGUAGAUAGAGAAAACUAGGUAUAAUUGAUCUACGCGUGUAAUAAUCUAAUUCUAAACAUUAAACGUUUGUUAGACAAACCUAAAAAAAUGUUUGUUCGGUGGUUUAAUGGCUUAUUUGGAAUAAAUUUUAUUCAUAAACCCUAAAAAGUACAUCUGGUAGAAGCAAUGCCCGAAACGAGUAAGAUGUUACGAAGAGAAUAUGUGGAAGCUUUUAGUUCUGUUAAUGAACGACCUGUGGAUGAUAUUUCAUUAGAAUUCUUUUAUAAACCACAUACGCUAUCGCUAUUUGCUAUUUCUAUUGCGUCUGUCGUUUACACUGCAUUUGUGAGAAAUGAAAAUAAUGCGCAGGAAAAUAUUUGGUCUGGUAUUUGCUGUGUAGUGUUCUUUUUCCUCAUUAUAUCUGUACUUACAUUUCCAAAUGGACCAUUUACCAGACCACACCCUGCAGUAUGGAGAAUCGUAUUUGGCCUGUCUGUUUUGUAUCUACUGGCUUUAAUAUUUUUACUGUUUCAAAAUUAUUCAACCAUAUAUGACAUAAUGUAUUGGUAUGAUCCCAAGCUACGAAGCUUCCACAUAGAUAUGGACAAGGAAUAUGCAGUAAAUUGUUCUGAUAUUAGUCUAACUAGGAUCUGGUCAUAUUUAGAUGUGUUUGCCUGGGGUCAUUUCUUAGGUUGGACAUUUAAAGCUAUUUUAUUUAGGCAUGCGGGUUUAUUAUGGGCAAUUUCUAUCAUGUGGGAGAUAACCGAGAUUGCAUUUGCUCACCUGCUUCCUAAUUUCUUAGAAUGUUGGUGGGAUUCUAUUAUUUUAGAUGUCCUUUUAUGCAAUGGUUUUGGUAUUUGGUGUGGUCUUAAAAUAUGUAAAGCUUUAGAAAUGAGGGAAUACAAGUGGGUCAGCAUAAGGGACAUUUCUUCAACAACUGGAAAAAUUAAAAGAGCGAUUCUCCAAUUUACACCCGUUCAGUGGACGCCGGUACGGUGGCUUGAUCCAACGUGUACUUAUAUGAGAUUCUUUGCACUUGCGCAACUGGUUGUUUUUUGGCAAAUAUCAGAACUAAACACAUUUUUCUUGAAACACAUAUUCGAAAUGCCUCCAUCGCAUCCUUUGGUUAUAGCACGCCUCUGUCUUGUCGGGGUGAUAGUUGCCCCUUCCGUAAGGCAGUAUUAUAUCUAUGUGACAGAUCCAAAAUGCAAAAGAGUUGGUACCCAGUGUUGGGUAUAUGGGGCCAUAAUGGUUACUGAAUCUAUGUUGUGUAUAAAAAACAGGAAAGAACUAUUUGAGCAAACUCAAGUAUGGAAUGUCAUGGUUUGGCUUAUCAUUCAAAUGUUAGUGUCAAUUGGCUGUGUGUAUGGAGUUGUGCUCUAUCACAGGUAUUUUGAGUCAAAAGAUGCCUUUGCUGAAAGUCCAAAAAAAAGCAACUGAAAUUUUGGUCAAAAUUAGGCAGUAUAUAUAUCUCAAGACAACUCGAGAUAGGUCAUAAAGCCUAAAACGCUCAAAUAAGUGCAAUCAGUAUCCCACCAGACGGCGCAGGAAGCGGUGCUGUGCAGGCGCUCCGAUGAAGCCAGGUAAUGGAUUUUUUUUUGUUUGCACAAUAUUGAUUAUCUUAGACAUACAAUUGUUUAGCAGUUGUUGAUUUAUACAGAUACAUUUAUCAUUUGUUUAGUGUGAUCAUAGUAAUUGUAUUUAUAUUUCAAGUAAGCGCCAAUUUUUUAAAUAGAUUUUAUUUCAAAAAACCUUGCCGUGGGGUAUGUUGUAACACUUUUACGGGGCAAGUUGUAACAAGUUAUUAUUUUCAUGUUUUGAAUACUUUUUGUUGAACUUCAUUGGUUCUAUCUAUUUCAGAAUGAGAAACAACAAAAGAAAAACUGAAGGUGCUUCCCAAAGCCAUGAAUUGGCUUCUGCUGUAGUAUUGAAAAAUAAAACCAGUGUACGAAAAGCUGCAAAACGUUUAAAUUUAUGUCAUGUAUCGCUAUAUAGAUAUGUGAAAAAGAAGAAGAGUAACCAAUCUUUAUCAGUCGGCUAGUCAAACCCAGAUUGGUUUUAAAGAGGAAGAAGAAGCUAAAAUAGCUGAGUACUUGCUUACAUGUUCUCCCCAUCUAAAAUAAGACCAUAGAUUCCAUAUUUUACCUACGUCAAUCAAAAGGUUGAUUACUUACUUAAGAAAGAACAUGUUUUUGUAAUUUUUUUAAUAUUUUCUAUUAGAUUAAGAAUAAAGCUAAGCAGUUUAAGUUUGUUAUAACAUGCCGAAGAUUUAUAAUGCUAAAUACGAUAAAUGAAUCAAAAUUCAGAUUACUGAAGUAGUUAAGAUUAUUAUGGCUGUAGUAAGAAAUCAUGUUUGAAAUAUUUUUCUGUUGAAAUAAUAAUUUAACUUAAAAGUCUGAACCAAAUAGGUUUAGAGAAGUGUGGGUUAUGUUUUUAUGCCAAAUAAAUCGUUAUAAAAUAUGAAACUAGUUUUUAAUUCCUAACGUUACAAUUUACCCCAAGCCUUGUUACAACUAGCCCCUAUCGCGGGGUAAGUUGUAACACUCGUCAGUUUUUUUUUAAAGCCGUUUCUACAAGAAGUCUUUACAGGAUUGAUCAAAAUUUUAUUUGGAAUCAUUAGUUGAAUAGUUUUUCAUUAGAAUAGUACUGUUAGAUUUCCUAAAUACCAAACAAGUAAGCGUUUAUAGCCAAGAAACAAAAAAAUGUUACAACUAGCCCCCCGCUCCCCUACUAUAUUUUUUUCUGUUGGUGCCGGGAUCCACACGUCACUUACAUAUAAUCACGUCCAUAUCCCUUGCUGUUUACGACAUCCAUGGGGCCAUGGGAAAGAGAUGGAGUGGAAUCACAAAGUGCCGGAAACCUUGAGGAGUCCUUUUUAAUAUUC